CGGCUCGCACGCCCGCCGAACCGCGCCGCGCCGAGCCGCCCGCAUUGCAUCGUCGCGCCGUGCCGCGCCUGCCGGGCGCUGCGCGGGGCUCGGCGCUGCCCGCCCGCCCGCCCGCCCCGCGCACACGGCGCCGCAGCCGGCGCCCCCGUCCCCGUCCGGCGGCAUGAGCGCCGGCGAGGCCAAGGAGUAUCUGGCCCGCAGGGAGAUCCCGCAGCUCUUCGAGAGUCUGUUGAAUGGAUUAAUGUGUUACAAACCGGAUGACCCAAUAGAAUAUUUGGAAAGCUGUUUGCAGAAAGUGAAAGAGCUUGGAGGGUCAGAAAAAGUGAAAUGGGACACUUUUGUCAGUCCAGAAAAGAGGACCCUCCCUCCACUCAACGGAGGACAAUCCAGGAGAUCUUUUUUCAGGAAUGUGAUUCCUGAUAAUCCUAAUUUCCCAUACCGACGGUAUGACCGACUCCCUCCGAUCCAUCAGUUUUCUAUAGAAAGUGACACUGACCUCUCUGAAACUGCUGAACUAAUUGAGGAGUACGAUGUGUUUGAUCCUGCAAGACCUCGACCAAAAAUCAUCCUUGUUAUAGGUGGUCCAGGAAGUGGUAAAGGAACACAGAGUUUGAAAAUAGCAGAACGUUAUGGAUUUAACUACAUAUCAGUUGGUGAAUUGUUAAGGAAGAAGAUCCAUAGCACGAGCAGCAAUAGAAAAUGGAGUCUAAUUGCUAAAAUAAUUACUACUGGAGAACUGGCCCCUCAGGAAACAACCAUAACUGAGAUAAAGCAGAGAUUAAUGCAGAUCCCUGAUGAAGAGGGUAUAGUGAUUGAUGGAUUUCCCAGAGAUGUUGCCCAGGCAAUCUCCUUUGAGGACCAAAUCUGUACCCCAGAUUUGGUGGUAUUUCUGGCAUGUUCCAAUCAAAGGCUGAAAGAAAGGUUACUGAAACGUGCUGAACAGCAGGGGAGACCUGAUGAUAACCUGAAAGCCACUCAGAGAAGACUAAUGAAUUUCAAGCAAAAUGCUGUCCCAUUGGUUAAAUAUUUCCAGGAAAAAGGGCUAAUCAUCACAUUUGAUGCAGACAGAGAUGAAGAAGAAGUGUUCUUUGACAUAAGUUUGGCAGUUGACAAUAAGCUAUUUGCUAACAAAGAGGCUUCAGCAGGGCCAAAUGAACUUGACUGCAGUCUGAUUAUGGAUUCCGGAGAUACUGUUUAUACAGAAUUUGACUUUGAAGACCAGGAGGAAGACCAGUCAAGUUUUUCUUGUUAUGAGAACACAGGAGAUUUUGCAGAAGAUCUGAGGAAAUCAAACAUCGUUUUUGUAGUUGGUGGCCCUGGCUCUGGCAAAGGUAGUCAAUGCGAACAGUUAGCCAACAAAUAUGGAUUUACUCACCUGUCCACUGGUGACCUUCUCCAAAAUGAGUUAUCGUCAUUAUCAGAGAGAAGUAAUUUGAUCAAAGACAUCAUGGAGUGCGGUGAACCAGUGCCUGGAGGUAUUAUCCUAGAGCUACUGAAGGAAGCUAUGGUUGCCAAUUUAGGGUACACAAAAGGAUUUCUGAUUGAUGGGUAUCCCCGGGACCUGAAAGAAGCAGAAGAGUUUGAAAACAAGAUUGGGGAACCAAAACUUGUGUUGUGCCUGGACUGCUCUGCAGAAACCAUGAGCAGUCGCCUUCUGAUGAGAAAUCAGAGCAGUCACCACUUUGGUAGUGCUGAAACUAUCAAGGAAGGAAUUGAGAGCUAUUACCAAGCAACAACACCUAUGAUUGCAUACUAUGAGAUGAAGACACAGUUAUGCAAGAUUGAUGCAGAAGGAACACUAGAGGAUGUUUUUGUGGAAGUCUGCAUGUCAAUUGACUCUUUUCUGAAAAAGGAAGAGGCAGCAUUUUCUCUUUCAACAGAAAUUCAGUAAUGGUGUGUACAAAGCUUCAUUUCACGUGCACUUGAUAGUCAUGAUUAAAACGCUGUUGAAAGCAAUACCUGCAGUCUUGAGAGGUAUCUGGAAUUUGUGCAUGUGGUAUAAAUGUUAUUUUAGAUGAAAUCUUUUUUCUCUAUUCAUUCAAUACACUCAAUAGGAAGUGGUCUCUAUGCUAAUUCCACACUAAGUACUGUAUAUUGUUUUAUUAGUUGUUUGCUCUUCAUAGGUGAAAAGCAGCAUGGUGAACAGCAGCUCUAGUUUCUAUUUCAUGAUCGCAAACAUUUGUUUGAGAGUCAGACACAUUGCCCAGUCAGCAAUGAGCUCUUCGACCAAACCAUUCAUCAUACAGCACAUUAAGAUUGCUGCAUAUAAUUUCCCAUUGGUUAUUGUUUCUUUUAAAUAACAGUAUUAAUUUUUAUGGUAUCACUUAGCUUGUUCUUGAUUUUUAGUCACUGAAAUCUGCUGGGUUAUAUUCAGCUGUAAGACAGCUGGAACUACAAACUAACUUACAAAGCUACAGAAAUUAAAAUAAACUUUUGAAAUGACCCCAAAACACUUACUAAAACAGGAAGCAGAAAAAUGAAUUGAACUUGAGCAUGUGAUUGACCAUCGCGGAAGUCUAUCAAUCCAUUAUAAUGGAGCAGACCCAGCUACUGAGACGACCUUACCUUUUGCUGGAAUCUUCAGAUGCUAUGAUGACUUCCCAGUUUGUGGGCUGAGGUGAAAAUAAUGAUUGUACAGUGCAGUUAAAUGUGCAGUCCAGUUAUUAAUAGCAUUAUUAGUUGAAAUUUAUAUAUGAAAUUGACCACGAAUACUUCAGAAGUAUUUCAGAUGCAAAUUUCAGAUCAUCUGUUGUGUUGUAGUGGCGUUACCAAAACUUUGAAACUGACAGUGCAAAAAAAGAAAAAAAAAAGCAGGGAUUAUUCGAUUCAUAUUGCUUGCAUUUUUAAUAGGUCACUUAUCUACAGUAUCUGCAAAAAAGUCUGUAAAAAUCGUAUCAUAUUUCCAUUAAGUUAACCAAAGUAUUGUGGAGGUUUUUUGGUAUACUGAUAGCUAAGUAAAAGCUUGUUUGACAUUCCUGUAAAGUAAUUACAUCCUCUUACUGAACUACUGGAAAAAUUCACAGUUGAAGUGGUUGCAUGAUAGCUCUUUCUGUUGAAGUUGUACUUUAUGGGGCAGAUUUGUAUUUUUAAAGUUAUCUUUCUUGUAAUGGAGACAUAAUACAAAUAAAACAUGUACAAAAGUGA